AUGGCCGACGAAAUGGACGUUUUUGCUGCAAUGGGCAUAUCAGGUUUUGGUACGACCGUCCAAAAGCGACAGCUUGAUCCUGCAAGGUUCGACAAAAACAAGCGUGCUCAGUCGUCAUUGAUAUCCGAACGCGAACCAGAUAAAGCGCUGUCCAUUUCAGAGAAGGAGGGAAAGGUAGUGGAAAAGAGCGGCACUCCAAACGAAUCGCCGGGGGUCAGUGACGGCGAGGGCGAGCCCGUCUAUGACCCAUCGGAUGAAGAGGAUUCGUACAACGACGGAGAACAAUUUCCUAUCACCCAUGAACUUAUCUUACAAGACCAUACCAAGGUCGUUACAGCGUUGGCGUUGGAUCCAUCAGGCGCUAGGCUAGCCUCUGGCUCCCACGACUACGAUUGCAAGCUAUGGGAUUUUGGUGGGAUGAAUUCGGAUUGUAAACCGUUCAAAAGUUGGGAACCUGCUGGGAGUUACCAUAUACAUGACAUGAAAUACUCCAUCGACGGUCAGAAGUUUCUCGUCGUAUCUGGAACUUUACAACCCAAGCUAUACGAUAGGGAAGGAGAGGAAUUGGCUACAUUCAUCAAAGGUGAUCCCUAUAUUCGCGAUAUGAAACAUACCUCUGGUCAUGUAGGAGAGGUUACCUCUUGUUGUUGGCACCCGAAAGAUCCGCAGCUCUUUAUAACUUCUUCAGCCGACUCUACUAUCCGCAUUUGGGAUGUCGAGAAUAAGCGUAAACAAAAAUCGGUCAUUGUUGUGAAGUCCAAGGAGAGAGGUGCACGGACGAAAAUGAUGACAUGCGCCUACUCUCCUGAUGGAGGAUUGGUUGCAGGAGCAUGCUUGGACGGGGCGUUUCAUAUGUGGAGCACAAGCUCCAAUUUCGUGAGGCCGAACUUGUCUAUUGAAGGGGCUCAUGCAAAAGGAACCGAAACUGGUUCGAUACUGUUUUCAGUCGAUGGGCGGACAGUGUUAACAAGAGGUGGGGACGAUACUGUUAAGUUAUGGGACGUACGGUCUUUUAAAAAAGCUAUUGUCACCCGCACAGACAUGGCUACCUUAUAUCCAAACACGAAUGCGGUGUUCAGCCCAGAUGAGAGAUUUAUCGUGACCGGAGCAGGUUCCGCUGCCAAAGGGGGGAAAGGCCGUUUAAUAUUUUUGAAGAAAGAUAGCCUUGAGACUACGAAGGAGCUAGAGGUGAACUCAACACCUGUGAGAGUGGUUUGGCAUUCCAAAAUCAACCAGAUUGUGACUGGGUUGUCGAGUGGUGAAAUAUGCGUGCUCUAUUCUCCAACCUCAUCUCUCAAUGGUGCCAAAUUGUUGAUGAACAAGGGACCCCCACGAAAGAUUACUGUCGAAGACAUGUCCGAUGCAUUGGCUGCACCGACGAUUCUUACUCCCCAUGCCCUCCCGAUGUUCCGUGAUGGAGACGGUAUUGCACGGGGAAGCAAAAGAAAGCGAGACAAGGACAGGAUGGACCCGAGAAAGAGUAGACGGCCCGAGCUUCCUGUCACUGGUCCUGGAAAAGGUGGUCGGGUUGGCGCGAGCGCAACACAACAUGUAGUCCAGAACCUGGUGAGGGAUACGACCCGAGAUGAAGAUCCCCGCGAAGCCUUGCUCAAGUAUGCAAAGCUUGGAGAAGAAGAUCCUCAGUGGACUGCAGCAUGGCGCAUUAACCAACCGAAACCCGUAUUCUCAACCCCAAAAGAACACGAAGAAGAUAAAGAUGAAAAUUGA